CGCUCCACCCGCACAGAGAUGGUCCGUAAUCGCCGCCGUUCGGAGCCCUGUGAGGAUGUUAUCCUGAAACUUCCGUGAGGAUAUACUCCCGUCAGUCUGGUUGACGCGUUUGAGGCCGGUGAUUUGGACCUUUUCGAGUCCAUUGUCAAGACCCUGCAUGCAAAACAACUUCUCUUCAUCAUCUUUUUUAAAGAUGAGCGCGUUCAGCAUAUCAAAUUUGACGCCCUCGUAAACGAGAGACUUCUGCGUCAAGUUAUGGAAAUAGCACGCGCCGCGAGCUCGGUGCAGGUCAUCAGCUUCGAGCUGAACUGCGGGUCUCCAAUCGUUCACCCGCAGUUCAACAUGAAAAUCCAGCCGCUCUUUGCUACGGGCCUCUUCUCCAGGCUGCCAGGACCACUUCUCUACGUGUUUCUGGCCACCAACGGCUGGACGGUCACCUCCACUCCACAAAAAGUCAGAGCACCUUUGAAUGGCCGGUCAACUCUUUGCGCAGGGAUCCUGCGAUCUGAAGUUGAGGCCCUAGAGACCAUCCAGCACUUGAAGCGGCCGAGAGACGCGUGCGACCUUGCCCAUGGCGAGCGUCGCCCAAAAGUUCGAUUGCCAAACCCUCGUCGUGACGCAAAGGGUCUUGGAAGGACGCAACCUUGAGGCAGAGCUGCGUGACGCGCGCAAAGAACUGGCCGAAGUGAAGGCCCAGCUGAUGGUUUUGAAGAUUGGCAAACGGCGGCAUGACGGCUGCGAAGGCAACGAGCUGGAGGCCAAGAAACCCAAGACCGGCUGGAUGCAAUUUUGGACUUUUGCUUGAAUUGCGGGCGGCCGAACCACUCCACCACCGUCACUAAUAAACUCGAAAAUUUCACAUCUGUAUUUUUUUUAACAUUUUUCUUCUGUCUAACACAAGCAAUUUUUCUUGUUCUUUUCAAUUUUUUUUUCUUUUUUUAGGGUCGCAGGCCUAGACAAAGUCUUUGACGGCCUGCGCCCUUUAUGAGUGGUGCACAAGGCACCACCCGAUUUAUUGUAUU